GACUUCAGCGUGCGCGUUAGCAACGGGAGCAAACGUUUAUUAUUGUUAUUUAUGUGGUGAUUUUUCGAAUAAAUAAGGCCGCAGAUAAAUAUUUUUACAUGGCUACUGAGGGAUGGACGUAUCCAUUAAGUGUCCUCACUGGAAACCUGAGCAACAGCUGAGCUAUCAACUUAUUUGUAACUGUAGUUAGCUGAUUUAGCUAGCUAGCUAACUCAGCCUGCUACCUCAAUCAUAACAACAACGUUAUUAGAGCGUUUUUCUAAACGGCACAAUGGCCAACCUAGAGCAGUGGGUGAAUGACCGUCUCCAUGACAUCCUCGGGUUGAGUGACCGAUAUGUGUCUCAAUUCAUGAUCGGCACUGCACGGAAAGCGUCUAGUCCCCAGGACUUUUUGACUCGCCUUGAGCAGACAGGCACAAUAGACAUUGACCAGAGUGUGACUGCCUUUGCACAAGAACUCUAUGACAAGAUUCCUCGCAAGCAGGUUGUUGAGAAACCAGCCCGGGCGAUGGAAAGGGAGGCCAUUGAGAUGGACAGGAAGAAUCGGACAUACACGUUACUGGAGGACAGUGACAGUGAGGGAGAAGCUGUGAGGGAGAAGCAGAAAGGUAAAAAGAAAAGCAAAGAUAAGGACAAAGGAAACAAGAGGAAACACAUCAGACAGAAGAAAGAGAGUGAAUCGUCAAGUGAGGAGGAAGCACCUAAAAGGGAUAAUACAGGCCAAAGGGACAACAGGCCUGUCAAGAAAGAAGAGGAGGAAGAGGAAGAGUGGGAGAAAGAAGAAAGAGAGCGACAGCAGGACAUUGAAGAGAGAGAUGCGUUUGCUGAGCGAGUGAAGCAGAAAGACAAAGACAAGACUCGCAACAUAGCAGAGAGGACUGACAAAAAGGCUUAUGAGGAAGCUCAGAAGAGGCUGAAGUUGGCUGAAGACGAUCAGAGGAAUAUGUUGCCUGAGUUGAGGAAGCGCUCUCGCUGGGAUUAUCUAAAGAAGAGAGAGGCAGAGAAGCUUGAGGACCUGGAGGCAGAGAUCAAAGACGACGAGUACCUUUUCUCUACAGACGAGCUGACUGAGAGGGAGAAAAGGGAGCUGGAAUACAAACGCACGCUUCGGGACCUGGCUAAAGAUUACAAAAAGGCCGGUGCCAAAGAACAGGAAGAGAGGAAGAACAGAUACUACAUGCCGGAAGAGAAGAGAAGCAAGGAGGUGCCCCAGAGGGAGCUGGAGCUGGAGGAAACUCCCAUGGAGCUGGGAGGAGAGCAAGGCCGCUGGGAGGAGGAGAGGCUGAAGACGGCCUCCCUCAGCUUCGGAGCCAAGAGGGAGCGAGAACAAGGGAUGAGGCAUGAGCAGGAGAAGUAUCAGCUGAUCCUGGAGGAGGAUGAGAUGAUCGACUUUGUCAGCACUGCCAUUACCAUGAAGGGAACUCGGAUGGAAAAGGAUCAGGAGGCCCCGGCUCUGUCCCAGGCAGAGCUGAACAAACAGUCCAUGCAGGAGGUCCGACGCAGCCUGCCCAUAUUCCCGUACAGAGAGGACCUGCUAAGUGCCAUCCACGAACACCAGAUCCUGGUCAUUGAGGGAGAGACGGGCUCCGGAAAGACCACGCAGAUCCCACAGUACCUCUUGGAGGAUGGCUACACUAAAGGAGGCAUGAAGAUCGGAUGCACACAACCUCGCAGAGUGGCAGCCAUGUCAGUGGCAGCCAGAGUGGCACAGGAAAUGAGCGUCAAGCUUGGGAAUGAGGUGGGUUAUAGUAUUCGUUUUGAGGACUGCACAUCAGAGAGAACAGUCCUCAAGUACAUGACAGACGGCAUGCUGCUACGAGAGUUUCUCACCGAGCCCGACCUGGCCAGCUACAGUGUGGUCAUCAUAGAUGAGGCCCAUGAACGAACGCUCCACACAGACAUCCUAUUUGGUCUGAUUAAGGACAUCGCCCGGUUCAGACCAGACCUGAAGGUGCUGGUGGCCAGCGCCACUCUGGACACCGAGCGCUUCUCCUGCUUCUUUGAUGACGCUCCUGUCUUUAGGAUCCCUGGCAGGAGGUUCCCCGUCGAUAUUUUCUACACUAAAGCUCCAGAGGCAGACUACCUGGAAGCUUGUGUGGUGUCGGUGCUACAGAUCCACGUCACCCAACCUCCUGGAGACAUUCUGGUCUUCCUCACUGGACAGGAGGAGAUCGAAGCUUGUUGCGAGAUGCUCCAGGAGAGAUGCAGGCGCCUUGGAUCAAAGAUAGCAGAGCUGCUGGUCCUUCCCAUCUACGCCAACCUGCCAUCAGACAUGCAGGCGAAGAUCUUCAACCCUACUCCACCUGGAGCCCGUAAGGUUGUGGUGGCUACCAAUAUAGCAGAAACCUCUCUGACCAUAGAUGGCAUCAUCUACGUCAUUGACCCAGGCUUCUGCAAACAGAAGAGCUACAACGCCCGCACUGGCAUGGAGUCACUCAUUGUCACACCCUGCUCACGGGCUUCGGCCAACCAGAGAGCAGGCCGAGCAGGCAGAGUGGCUGCUGGGAAAUGUUUCAGGCUUUACACAGCCUGGGCUUUUAAACAUGAGAUGGAGGAGACGACCGUGCCUGAGAUCCAGAGGACCAACCUGGGAAAUGUAGUCCUGCUGCUGAAAAGUCUAGGCAUCAAUGACCUCAUUCACUUUGACUUCAUGGACCCACCUCCUCAUGAGACUCUGGUCUUAGCGUUGGAGCAGCUGUAUGCCCUGGGAGCACUCAAUCACCUGGGAGAGCUCACCAAGCUGGGUCGCAGGAUGGCUGAGCUACCGGUGGACCCCAUGCUGAGCAAGAUGAUCCUGGCCUCUGAGCAGUACAAAUGUUCAAACGAAGUUUUGACGAUAGCGGCCAUGCUGUCAGUGAACAACUCUAUUUUUUACCGGCCCAAAGACAAAGUGGUGCACGCCGACAACGCCAGGAUGAACUUUGUGGUGCCAGGGGGAGACCACCUGGUGCUGCUCAACGUCUACACGCAGUGGGUGGAGAGCGGUUACUCCACACAGUGGUGCUAUGAGAACUUCAUCCAGUUCCGCUCCAUGAGAAGAGCCCGGGACGUCCGGGACCAGCUGGAGGGUCUGAUGGAUCGGAUCGAGGUGGAGGUGGUCAGCUCCCAGGGAGACAGCUUGCCCAUUCGCAAGGCGGUGACAGCAGGAUAUUUCUAUCACACGGCGCGACUGAGCAAAGGCGGCUACAAGACGGUGAAGCACCAGCAGACGGUCUACGUCCACCCCAACAGCUCGCUGUUCGAGGAGCAGCCCCGCUGGCUCAUCUACCACGAGCUGGUCUUCACCACCAAGGAGUUCAUGAGACAGGUGAUUGAGAUAGAGAGCGGCUGGCUGCUUGAAGUGGCUCCUCACUACUACAAGAGCAAAGAGCUAGAGGACAGCAGCAGCAAGAAGAUGCCCCGCAAGCAGGGGAAAACAAAAGAGGAGCUGGGCUGAACAGGAGACUGCACUCAGGGGACCAAUAGCAAAAAUAAACACUCUCUUCCUCUCUCAGGGCUGUGUGAAAGCAGAAAAAUGACUUUGAAAGUUUGGAAAUUGCAUAAAAGUAAAGAGGAAGAGGGUGGAAAUGUCGUGUUUUGGUACCAGUUGAGUACAUAAACAGCUAUAUGGUUCAAGCCUCUCUUUAUAUGUGAUUUUUAUUCUGCUGUAGCUUGAUACAGCGUUUUUGGCAGCGCUCACACAGCAUCCAGCGCAUUAAAUUUGGACCAAGUUUGGCUGCACACCAUGGCCUGAGCACAGACACGUGUAGCCGAGAGGUUGGUCCAAUGAGAAGUGGGUCACAAACGUACCGAGUGGUUUAAUCAUAAACCAGCCGUAUCAGCUGGGCCACGACGAGGAAACGGUAAUCCUCUUGGACCUGAGUUUCCUGCAUCAACAGCACUGGACUCACUGGCUGGGUUUUUCAGCUCAUUCAUGAACCGUCAGUUUGUUUUUCAGGUGCUUUUUUGUUGGCUUUUCCUGAAUAAAUGGGCUUUGUCACAUUGAGCAGCACACUGUUAAUGUGUGCAAAUGGACAAUUACUGAGGAGUCUCCGCCAAGCUGCAAAGACUGAUGUCCCAAUAAUGAGACUCCUUGUUUUGUUUAUUUUCAUUUGUCUAAGGCAAUAAAGUUUUACAACCACUUGUUUUUGCCAGCUAGUUUACAGCUCAGUGAUUAGUCCACUAUUUACCUGCCAAGAUCAACUCAGGUUUUUUUUCCUGGUUUAACUGCACCAGGAAGGUCACUAUUGUUCAAGAAGUUAUAUUUAGAUGUGGUAUUUGAAUAGCCUUCUAUCAUCCUCUUGUUAUGCUGGUUGAGGCAUAUUACAAUGGGACUAUGGGUUUGGAAUAAAGUUUUGUUUAGACAUUUUACACAAUCACUCCUGUGUGCAUGCAUGUAUAAAAAAGCCUUUAGUUCUCACCAAAAGAUUUCAGAUCUACCAGUUUUAACAUAAUUUUUCUAGUUUGAAAUACCUUCUGUGAGUUAAUCUGCAACAUGUAACCUAGUGCAAAAUAUGUUGAAUGAAUCCUUCAUAAGAAUGCUGACUUCUAAGUCCCGUCAGAGGCCCUCAUACUGCAGCAUGUUUUUAUCCCAAGAAGACUGACGUGUCACUUCGUUUGAGGAAGAGCUGUUUGACAGAGGGAACGAAACUGUUCUGCUGACAUUUAACGAGAAUGAUUUAACUCCGAUUGGCCGUAACAUGAGUUUUGUUGUCAUGAGUUGUCGUCUCUGUCGGGGUGUUCUCUCAGAUUCAAGAAGCUCAGAUGAAAAGGGAGUAACCAGGACUGUGCAGUGAUAAAAGGUUGUGUUAGGUAGCUGUUCUUGUUUGGAUGGUAAACCCACGAAGAGGCAAGAGAGCAGUGGAGGUAUGACAGGUAUGAGGCGCUGGUAUGUGCAGUGUUGACAGUACUUUAUAUGCUGCGACAGUGGAAUUUUACCAACAGACAGUGUUGUUUUUCUUGAUUCAUAUCACAGAUACAUCACAGAGCAAAAAUAUAUUCACAUGCUUCUCAACCACAUGAUCCUCAAUGCUACUGAAAUGGUAUCUGAUGCUGAACGCUCAUUUCAACAAGAAAGACUGGGGGAUAUUAGUUUGGGUCUUAAAUGCACAUUUCCCCAUUAAAAUGUCUAAGGCACAA